UGUCUAGUAGCUUUGAUGGUUGUAAGAGAGGGAGGACAUUUUGUCACAAACAUAUUUGACCUUUUUACACCUUUUAGUGCAGGCUUAACAUAUCUAAUGUAUCUUUGCUUUGAAGAAAUUUGUAUUUUAAAACCAAAUUCUUCUCGACCAGCAAAUUCAGAGCGAUUUUUGAUAUGUAAAAGUAAACGGCCUAGAGUACAUGAUGUUAUAAAAUAUCUUGAACAUGUUAAUAAUUUGCUUUUGCAAGAGAAAAAUAACAAUGAUGUUGAUGUUUUACAGUUGGUAUCGCCUGAAGAAUUAGAGAAUGACAAACAUUUUGUAGAGUACCUUUGUGCAUCUAAUAAUUUAAUAGGAAGAAAACAAAUAAUAGCUUUACGUAAACUAGCUGCAUUUUAUAGAAACCCUUCUUUUGUUGAACCAAAACAAGAUUUUGUACGUAAGGAGUGUUUGAAAUAUUGGGAACUACCUGAUCACAAUAGAAGAACAUAUAUAAGAACGUUUAUAAAGCCUACAAAUAAAUUGUCCCUUCUUGGAUAUGAUACUAAACUUACAUCAGUUCCAGCAAAAAGAUUAACAACAGAAAAUAUUCAAGAUACAAUAUUAAAUGAACCAUGUGAUUGGUUCUGUGUGCCCUGUAGUACUGGGAUUUCCACUAAAGCAAUGGCAGUGCCCACAUUUUACAUGGGCAUGGGAAGAAAUAAUGUAUAUUAUUUAGUAGAUGGCAUUUGGAUAGAAGUUGAUCAUAUCAAUGUAGAAUUACCACCAGAUACACUUGUAUAUGCUGAAAUAGUACAAGAAAUAACAAAGGAA